AUGGAAUGGACACAUAUUUCAGGAUUCAACCUUGACAAGGACAAUGUCAUUAGGAAGACCGGCGACCCGGGGAGCUUGUUCGGAUUUUCUCUUGCUAUGCACCAACAGUUGCAACCUUCGGAUCAAAGAAUGCUACUGGUAGGUGCACCCCGGGCUAAAGGUUAUCCCGCAACGAAAGCUAACAUUACAGGAGGUGUAUACAACUGUGACAUCGGUUCCACUUCCCCCACCUGCCAACGCAUCAAGUUUGAUGAUGAUCUUCAACCAGAGGACAGUAAGGAAAACCAGUGGCUGGGAGUGACUGUACAGAGUCAGGGACCUGGAGGGAAGAUUCUGGCGUGUGCCCACCGGUAUCAGAAGCGUAUGUUUCAGUCUCAAGACAUCAUAGGACGUUGCUACCAGCUGAGCCAGGACCUGAAGAUCCGGCCUGACGAGGAGGAUGGGGGGAACUGGAAGUUUUGCGAGGGACGGUUGCGUGGUCAUGAGAAUUUCGGCUCCUGUCAGCAGGGCAUCUCUGCCACCUUCACUAAAGAUUACCACUAUCUAGUGUUUGGUGCUCCCGGCGCCUACAACUGGAAAGGCAUAGUGCGGAUGGAGCAAAAGAACGUGUCUCUUAUGGAAAUGGGCUUUUUUGACGAUGGCCCCUUUGAGACUGAGGACGAGAGGCGUCAAAAGCUUGAUCUCAUACCACUUCCAGAUAACAGUUAUUUAGGUUUUUCUCUGGAUAGCGGGAAACAGCUGACUAAAAAAGGACAGCUUACUGUUGUCGCUGGAGCCCCGCGGGCGAACCACAGCGGAGCGGUGGUGUUGCUGAAGAAGGAGUCUGACACCUCCAGCCUGCUGAUUAAAGAGUACAUCUUGGACGGUGAAGGCUUGGCCUCCUCGUUUGGUUACGACCUGACAGUGGUCGACCUAAACGCAGACGGCUGGCAGGACAUUGUGGUUGGAGCUCCUCAGUUCUUUGUUAAAGACAAAGACAUUGGCGGAGCCAUUUACGUCUACAUUAACAAGAAAGGGCUGUGGAACACGGUCAUUCCUAAACGAAUCGACGGGAACAAGGACUCCAUGUUUGGCCUGGUUGUGGAAAAUCUCGGUGACUUGAAUUUGGACUCAUUUCAAGAUGUCGCUGUGGGGGCUCCGUACGAUGAUGGAGGUGAUGGGAGGGUUUUCAUUUACCUGGGCUCAGCUGAUGGCAUUAAAGAAAAGCCUGCACAGGUACUGAGUGGCAAAGAUCACGGCAUUAAGCUCUUUGGCUAUUCAUUGGCGGGAAAUAUGGACAUGGACCAAAAUGCUUAUCCUGACCUGGCUGUCGGCUCCCUUUCAGAUUCUGUGUUUGUGUACAGGGCAAAGCCCGUUGUCAACAUUGAGAAAACUGUCAAGAUAACACCAGAGCAGAUCGACCUCACUAAGAAAAACUGUGGAAACAGCAUCUGCAUUGAGGUGGAAGCCUGUUUCAUCUACACAGCCAAACCUGAAUCCUACAACCCUAGACUCUCCAUCUCGUGCUCCAUUCAGGUAGAGUCUGAACGAAAGAUGAGAGGGUUCGCUCCCAGGGUCACCUUUCUGAAUCAGCCGCCUAACACUCAGGAGAUAAAGGAAACAUUGGAACUCCAAAAACAGGGCAAAAAGGAGUGUGUUAAGCACAAAGUCAGACUGCAGGACAACAUCAGGGAUAAACUAAACGGAAUCCCACUAGAAGUUUCCGUGGAGAUUAAUCAAGGCUCACGCCGCAAGAGACAGAGCUCCCUCCCCCAGCUUGCUCCCGUCCUGGACCUAAACGAACCCGAAAAAACGGAGAUUAAAUUUCUGAAGGAGGGAUGCGGUGCAGACAAUAUCUGCGACAGCAAUCUUGAGCUACAGUAUAAAUUCUUCUCCCGGGAACCCACUAAAGAAGAAUACCAGCCACUAAAAAUGCGUUCUGGAGGAGCUGCGGAGUUUGUGCUCAGAGAUAAGAAGGACAUUGCCGUGGAAGUCACAGUGACCAAUAAGAAAGGGGACGACGCUUACGAGGCUGAGCUGAUUGGGCGGUUCCCCGGUUCUCUCUCUUACUCCGGUUCCCGUACUAUAACACCCAACAAAAAUGUUGUUUGCGCUGCCAAUCAGAAUGGCUCGCAGGCGAACUGCGAGCUGGGAAAUCCAUUUAAAAAAGACGCAGAGAUCAAGUUUUACAUUAUUUUAAGCACAGGUGGCAUAUCCAUAAACACUACAUCACUUGACAUUGAACUUCGCCUGCAAACGACGAGUUCCCAGAAGAAGGAGGUGGUACAAAUAGCCAGGCUCCAUGUCAAGAUCGAAGUGUCUCUCUCUGUCUCAGGCGUGGCCAAACCGUCUCAGAUCUCCUACUCUGGGAAAGUGAGAGGAGAGAGCGCUAUGAAAACAGAGACUGAGAUUGGCAGCCAGAUUGACUAUGAAUUCAGGGUGAGUAACCUGGAAAGUCACCUGAAGAUCGACAGCGCCACACUCACCAUCCAGUGGCCCAAGCACACAGAGACGGGCAAAUGGCUCCUCUACCUGAUGAGCAUCAGCAGCAAGGGAAUCAGGAGGCUCACCUGCUCUCACCCCAAUGAGAUUAACCUUCUCUCCGUCAAAGAGGUUCCCUCACAGUCGAGAAAGAGACGAGAAAUCGAGAAAGCGGGCACGGAGGACAAAGGAGUCUUAUCGCCUUUGACUCAGAAAAGAAAACACAAAGAUUUGUCCUGUAAUGAUGGUUCUAAGUGUCUGGAUAUAGUCUGCACUCUACAGGGACUGAGCAGUGAUGCCGUCAUCCAUCUGAAGUCUCGUCUGUGGAACAGCACUUUCCUUGAGGAGUUCAAAGACUUAAAUUACGUGAAUAUCAUAACGAAGGCGUCAUUGAAUCUGGACUCCAUGAACGUUGUUUUGAAGAAUCAAGAUGCACAGGUGCGAGUAACGGUCUUCCCAGAGUUCAAGGCAGCCCAGCACAGGGGCGUGGCCUGGUGGAUCAUACUGGUAGCCAUCUUAUUAGGGCUGCUGUUACUUGGCCUGCUGAUCUUCUUGCUGUGGAAGUGUGGAUUUUUCAAACGCUCCAAGUAUGAUGACAGCGUUCCGAGUUACAAUGCCGUACGGAUUAAGAAAGAGGAAAGACAGAUUAAACCGGGGACGGGCGUGCCGGACCCUGCGGAGAAGAAACGAUGGGUGACCACCUGGAAUGAGAACGAAAGUUACUCUUAA